AUGUCUCUAAAACCAACAAAAGCCAUCUGGGAUUAUCUCAUGUUAGAAUAUGAAGGAGAUGAUCGUAUCAAAGAAGAUGAAAGAAUCGAAAACCAUCAAGAAUACUCUGACAGGCUUAUGAGCAUAGCAAACAGAGUAAGAUUACUUGGUUCUGAGUUUAAAGUUUCGCGUACUGUUGAAAAGAUUUUGCUUACUGUACCGGAAAGAUUUGAAGCCACCAUUACCACUUUGGAGAACACCAAGGAUCUGUCAAAAAUCACUUUGGCGGAAUUAUUGAAUUCCUUGCAGGCUCAAGAACAAAGAAGGUUUAUGAGAGAAGAUGGAAUUUGA